AUGUUGUUGCGGCGGGCGUUGGCGAUCGUGACGGGAAAAUCGAGGGGGCACGGCAGGAUCGCUCGAUUUAAAUUCAUAGAUGUGCGAGCGGACGGGCCCACAAUGGUGGUUCGGUUCCCGCAACAAGUUCUGCUGUUACUCGUACUCGUUACUGGAGCGUCUACUGGAGAGGCUGAGGAUCCGCGGUGGAGCACAUAUAGCGCCCGAAAAACGAGUCGAUCCUCAUCGCCGCGAUCUUGGCCAUCUUCGAGUCUGGAACAUGCCGCGAGGGAAAGCAGACCCUCAAAUGGCAAGCUCCCGGAAACUACACCUUGGAGCGUAGACAGAUCGAACCCUGGAACUCGAUCGGAUCCGAGUUUUCUGGGAACGGUGGUCGAAAGGUCCGAGGAAGACGAAGACGGGAGGAGGAUACAGCAGUCACCUGGGAGCAAUGACAUCGAGGACGCGAAGAGUGCACCCUAUAACCCGUCCAUCUCGUCCAUGAGCGACAAAAUAAGCCAGACGGAUCCGUCCAAUCGGAUUUCCAUCGAGUCGUCGUCCCUGCAGUCAUCGAUGGUUGGCUAUCACUUCGCGAAGAUUUCGUGGGUCCCUGGAAGCUCCCAUAACAUAGUGGCGACGUCUGAGACACGACUAUUAACCGAGACGGUUUCGCGCGAGAACUUGAAAAGUACACCAAUGACGACCUCCAUCGCGAAAGACAUCACGGUGUCACGACGUCAGAUGAGACACAUUCAGGACAGUUGCGAAAAGUUUCUAGUCGGGGACAUGACGAAGAGGGAAUUUUAUAGUCCGAAUUACCCGGAUCUGUAUCCAAACCAGACCGACUGCGUUCGAGUUUUGGAAGCUGACAAAGGUAUGUUGCUGAAGCUUGAUUUUCGGGACGAGUUCAAGUUAGAAGACAGUAUGAAUUGCCGUUUCGAUUUCCUCGAGGUACGUGAUGGUCAGUACGGUUACUCUAAUCUCCUCGGCAACUUCUGCGGGACAAAUUUUCCCCCCGAGAUCACGUCGAAGACGCGAUAUCUCUGGCUGCGAUUCCACAGCGAUGACAACAUCGAGGGAAAGGGUUUCAAAGCUGUGUGGAACAUGAUACCGAGACCAACCCAUCCGGGCGUGCCUCCAGAACCAGAACCGUGCAUAGUUAACGUGACGGGUGCGGAAGCGAUAAUUCAUAGCGAUGAUGUCAAAGACAGGAAGAUCCUGGCCGAGAAGGAAGGUUUGGCGUUGGAUUGCAUGUGGGAUAUUCGAGUGAAAGAAGGAUGGAAGAUCCAGCUGACGUUUGAUAAACCAGAGAAUUUUAAACUACAGCGACCGAACGAGUGUGAUGCCAAUUUUGUCGACAUAUUUAAGGAAAAUACGGAUAUGUUCUCCAGGGAGAAGAAUUUCUGUGGCAGCAUGGCCGAUACUGUCAUCAUUCAGGCCAAUAUCGCCCACUUAAGGUUCUAUGCGGAGCCGAAAGCUUUAAACAGUUCCUUCGAAGCGGUGAUGACCGCUGUUAAAGACAAGGAGAGUAAUGACAAACCCUGCUCUGCCGAUGAGUACGAUUGCGAGGAUGCGACUUGCAUCGCCGCGGAACUGGAGUGUAACGGAAGGGUGAACUGCCGCUUCCGGUGGGACGAAGAUGAGACAAAAUGUCACAAGAAGAAAUCACGGUUGAUUGAUUCGCAGCAUAUCGUCAUAAUCCUCGUCGUUUUCUCCCUAAUUAUGUUUGGCAUGAGCUUCGCUUUCGUCUUCAACUGCGUUCGGAAGCUCAUCCGCGAUCAUCGCAUUAUCCAGGAGCACAUAAGGCAAUCCAGAGAAAAUCGCUUAGAUGAAUUGGGUCGAAAGUCAACCCCGUGUCCAAUCUCGAGCUCUAGGACGGAUUUACAUGAACGCGGCAGCGAGUCGCCAAGUUUGGAAGUCUUGCCCAGUAAAGAACUCAUGCCACCCACUACUAUGAUAUCUCAAGAGUACACCAAAGAUCUCGUUCUCGAGAUAGCUUAUAAUGCAAGCGACAUCACCGACAUUCACCAAAGCAAUAACGUAAGCAAUGCCACGCAAGAGCGCCUUCAGGAGUCCAGCGAGGAACCGGAAAUGCGCGAUAAUUCCUGUCAGACGAGGGAGAGCCUCUUCGAGCCGCGGAUAUUGGAUGCGAUGGCGCCGAUGAGUUUCACGACCUUUGGCGUGCGCGCGCCCAGCUCUCAAAAUGGGACCAAUUUUCAUCAUCAUUAUCAUCAUCAUCAUCCACAACAGCAGAGCCCGCAACGUUCUCACCUCGAAAGCGUUCAAUCCUCGCAGCCGAGCUCGCAGCCGAGCACGCAGACGUCACAGCACAGUUCGCAUCAGCAGAACAUAUCUCAAUGCUCUGGCUGUAGUCCGGCAUCCCGCGGACGAGACGGCAGUAUGGGUGUCUGUCCGAAACACAAUCCCAUCCCAGCACCACCCGGCUGGUCCAUGCACGAAUCCAGCUAUCCUCUAUCUGUGCCGCAAGUUGCUCAAUAUCCGGAGCAGCUGGACUACCCAUCUUACCAGAGAUACCAGAGCCCCAAGCCUGGAAGGGAUAUUAGCGGUGUUUACCGACAGUCGCCCAAGUUUGCGCGACAACCUACAGUGGGCUCUGGCGAGAGAUAUGGUAGUUCCGUUUAUGGAUCUGGCCAUGCAUCUAGCAACACCACAUCGAGCACAUCACAGCAUUCUUCCGGCAACACGCCGACUAAACGUCAGCCAAUGGACCCGAGGUAUCGAGCGGAAGCAGUGAUCGAGGUUGAUCAAAGACGGCCGUUUAGUAUAGAGAGUACGAAGAGUGCGCCGGACGUAAUCGCGACGCACUGACGCCGGGAUUCUGGGGAUUGGGAGCCCUACAAGAGACGCCAUCCCCGUCAAAAUUAUUCGGCAGCGAUUCAUAACAACGUCGGGAACAAGGUGACCGUCGCCACGCAAAGCUCCCUCGAUGACGACGCCUCGACGAGCUCCACCAUGGAAGCAAACUCUUCUUCCUGAUCCACGUAUCGCGACGCGAUUGAGCGUGAAAGAUCGCCCGUGAUCAAUGAAUCCUGCAAUCGCGAUUCGUCAAGAAUUAAUCAGUCAUCCAAGAUCAGCGAUGUAUCAACUCAUAUCCAUUUGAUUGAAGAGAAGCAUAUCGAAAAACCCGCUGAUGAAUCAAGCAGGCUUGAAGAAUCGGUGAUAAUUGAUGACGCGUCCAGUUUCAAUACGAUUAGCAUUAACGCGGACUCUCGAUUGAACAGUUUCCCCCUUCAUAAUUCGAUAAAUCGCGCCGCUUGGGCGACAGCGGACGAUUCACUGAUCUCGAAACCGUGGCGACGAGCAGAGACUGCUUUGAAACUGCACGACCUACCGAUUCUGCGACCGCCGGAGGGCUUCAGGGUACCCGUAUUUAAAUGCAAGACCCCGUCCCUGUCCUGGCAGCACUGCGGAUGUUCCUCGCACACGCAUCCACUGCCGCGGCGAUCGUCGAUCACCUGGAGUGCCUUCGAACGAUGCAGCGUGGACCCCAUGUAUCGAACCUGGCCCAAUCGAACUGCGAGACGACCCACUAGGAGAACGGUCGGUACACAGAGCUCGCUGGACGGCAUUAAAUCGUCUCUCGGCUUUCUGCGAUGCGUAGUCAGGUCGAUUGACAUGACAAAGAGAUCGCUGGACCAGGAGAUCGGGGCUUCUAUACCUUUCUAGUGUUUGCUUUACGAUUCGCGUCGCGACUUCGCGUCAGCGUUUUUGUACAUUAAUAAAUGGCAUGUACUUCGAAUUUACGCGUUUUGAGUCGCCGUCUUAAGAAACAUAAACUUUUUCGAAUGCAACUUCGAUGUUAACUAUGGCGAUAGAAAAAUAUAUGUUAAUGUAUAUAGUCAAUGUAUAUCUGCGGUACAUUACUAGCGCGAUUUGAAUAGAUAGCGAUGACUGUAAUUCUUUACAGUCGAAAUACGUUACACACGUUUUUUAGUAAAAAAAGAGAUUUAAAAAAUUAUUGCCGCAUCUAUUGGACAAGCCAAGUAGAUACGAUAAGAAUCUGCUGGCGAUGUCACAUGAACAAAUUUAUGUGACGAAAAUAAUCGGAAUUCUUGCGAGAAUCAUGCAUUUUACCGUGAAACAUUAUGACAAUCGCUGCCUUUCAUGAUGUAUGAGUUGUUGAAAUAGAGAAAAGCAGCGAAAAAGAGCUAGAUCGUAUUGUAAACUUCAGGCUAGUACUUAAGCGCGAUUAAAUCGAGAGUCGCUUAAAACAUUCACAAUACACGGAAAGAUAAAGAGAAAACGACGCGCGUAUUGUUGAUUCCGUGAGGAGAUGAAAAGAAGUUUUUGCUCUUGAACUUGA